AUGGAAAAACGAAUUGAGGCAAAUCGCGAACGACGUGAAGCCGUAGUGCGUAAAUUAAGAAACAAUACGGUCGCGGAAGAACAAAGACAAAGAGCGCGAUUAAUAUUGGAAUUGGCCGAGGCGUAUGCGGAUGCUUUGCCAACAGACCCAUACGCAAGUGACCAUGACUCGGUGCGCGAGGAACUCAUGGAAAACCAAGAAAUCGUCAGACGGAUAUUAUAUCUGGAACAACUCAGGGGAAGACCGAACAAUGUGUGCGAAACGGUGCGCGUAAAACGUGAAACGGACAACGAAAUCGUGGCGGAAGCAAUGAUAGCAAUGGCGGCGCGAUACGCGAACGAUGCUAACGAGGUGCCGUACGAAAUCACGAUUCAAGUGAACGGUCGUGAAAUCAAAACGUCCGCUAGAAUACGCGAACCGAACGACGCAAUGGUCGAGGUCGAAUCGCGAAAGAAAGUCGACGACAACAACAACAACGAUAAAGUGACAGAGAUUCUUGGUAAUGCAAUACCAAGUACUAGCGGAUUCGCAGAAUUAGCAAAAGCGAAUACCGAACCGCGAAUAAUAUACAGCGACGAUGAUGACGACGACGACGACGAUGAAAAUGGCGAUGAAGACCGAGACAACGUCGACCAGGACGACGUAGACGAGGGCGACGACGACAAGAGCGGAGCGGUCAACAAAUUAGAAAACGUUGACGACGAACACAACGAUGACGACGCAAAAGAU